UCGAGGUCGAGGAGAUUUUCGAUGCCCUACGUAACUGGGAGAUGGAUGUUGAGCUCGGAGAAUGUUCAACCUAAAAGAAACACCACAGGGCCAGAACUCGAGCUUGGUGUACAGGCCAACACUUUCUCGGGAAGGGCAACAGAACCAAACGCAGCACCUGUGCCACGCCCUUGUUCACUCUCUCGUCACAUCACCGAACCGAAUGGUAUACCUGGGCUGGAUAUGACGCCACAGUCGAGGACUAGUCGUCAGGAUUCUAGUAGCACUGUAAAGGGCCAGGAUGAGGAUGUUGCGUGGUAUGUUUAAUGGGAGAGACCGGAAUAUCAUGAUACCCAAGGAGUUAAAGGAAUGGGAAAAGCGGCGGUCACGCAGAUUAAGGUAUUAAGCGGAAAAGGAGCGUUAUCAUAGGACUAUGAUCUUCUUACCUUAGUUCACUGUCAAACAACAAAACUAUAAUUUUUGCACAACUCAUAGUUCUUUCGGCAAGCAUUUUCCCCACUAGACGAUGAUUGUAACUUAAUUGAUUAUGCG